AUGGACGACAGGAAGAGACCCGCCAUCAGCGGCGCCGAGGAUCUGGCUCCUCCUAGCAAGAGGGUCGCCAUCAAUGGCUCCAAGGCCAAGGACGACAACGCGGACAUGAAGGAAGAAACCUGGAUCGAGGUGUAUACAAAGGGGGCAAUCUACCGGCAAAUGCAAGAAUACAGCCGCAAGGCAGUGACGGCGGAGUCGCGCUUGGAAGAAUUGCAUAAGAGAUCUGUGCAUCACGACGAUCAUUUGCGAAUAGUCGAUGCAUGGUGGCGACAGCUUCUCGAGGAGCUUGAAUUAAUAGCUGCGUCAAAAGUAACACCUACGGAAAAAAGUGAUGGCCCAUAUCUCACAAGCGUCAAUUUUAAGGAUUUACAUGACUUUCAAGUACACUUGCAGGAAAAGGGAAAAUCGAUCAAAACAAAAGCCGAAACGCUGCUCACUCAACUCGCUGCUCAGCGGCAAAACCUUUCCCCCAAGACAUCUGAGCUGGAGAGCAAAGUCGCCAGUCUUCUGGCCGCCCAGAAAGAGUAUUUCCUCAAACUUGACCGAUUAAGCGGAGAAAAAGAGCAACUUUCGGAGCAACUUAAUGCGGCGACGUUACGAUACUUCAAGGCCGAGAAAAAAUUGGAUCGCGCUAAAAGUGCUCAGGUCCAGAGGUUGGAGCAACAAGCAUUUGCUAACGCCACACGGCCUGUUACCACACCUACUGAGGGGGCACCGGAGCCCAAUGAAGCAAAUGGCACUGUCAACGAAUUAUUAGUCAAAUAUGAGGAAAUCACAGCCGCCGCCGCGAAACAAAAGGAGCAGCUGGAAACCCUUCUCGCGGACCUCAAAUCUGCACAGGAGGAAAACACGAGCUUGAAAUCUCGACGAGACACAUUUACGGACGAAGACUACAUCAGAACUGAUGUCUUCAAACAAUUUAAGAACCAGAAUGAGGAUCUGAUCAAGCGAAUAAACACGUUGGAAGCCACUAACAAACAACUUCGUGAAGAGGCUGAAAAGCUUCAGGCGGAGCGAACGGCUUUCCGAACUCAGCUCGAGGCAGAUAUGAACCAGGUGGCACAGGAUUAUGAAGCUGAUAUUGCGGCGCGAGAUCAGGAUCUGACUCGCGUGCGAUCUGCUCGGGAUGAAAUCCUCGCCGAAAACGUGCAGCGAAGGGCAAAUGCGGAGCAAGAAAAGAUUGCAAUGGAGCACAUCAAGGAACUAGUUGCAGCGAAGGAAGACAGGAUAUCGGCGCUCGAAUUAGAACUUGCUCGCUUACAACCAAUAGAGGAUGAAACAAUGACCGACGCUGGCGACGCCGAGGAUAUUACGGAAGUAGAACUCCGGCAAAAGUAUAAGAAGCUGAAGCAAGAUUUCAACUCCAUUAACCUUGAGCUGCCCGCAAUGGAGAAGGCCUACAAGAAGAUGAAGGACCUGGCUCAAAAGAAGGUGCUCGAUUACGCCGCUCUGGAAGAGAAGGUGGCCAUUCUCAUUGCUGAAAAGAGCAAAGCCGAUCAGAAAUACUUUUCUGCUCGAAAAGAUGCCGACAACCGAAACAGCGAAAUCAGGUCUCUUAGACAUCAAAGCGGAAAGACAGCCGAGAUUAUUGCCCAGCUGAAGGACUUUGAAUCUCAAAAUCGGACUCUGCUAUCCAAUCUGGAGAAGCAGGUGGCGGAUCUGAAGCAGGCCAAUGCGGCUCUUGUUUCUGAAAACAAGAAGAUGGAGUCCAAUAGCCUCGAGGCUGUCAGGCGAGCGGAAUCCGUUGCGAAGCAAGUCGGAGAACUGAGCAGUUUGGUAAAGUCAAAGGAUGCAUCCACAGCUGUCAUCAGAGAGCGAAAUGCAACGCAAGAGGUUGAAGUCGAGAAGAUCAAAGUCCGGCUCGAGCACGUACAGAAAGAUCGAGACAACUGGAAGAACAAGGCGCUAAGUAAUUCGUCAGAAGAAGAAGAUAUGCUUCGAACCAUGGCCUUGUGCACAGUAUGCCGCACUAAUUUCAAAAAUACGGCUCUCAAAACCUGCGGUCAUCUCUUCUGUAACAAGUGCGUGGAUGACCGCAUUAGUAACCGUAUGCGAAAAUGCCCCAGCUGUUCGAGGGCGUUUGACAAGAUGGAUGUUAUGCAGGUUCACUUUUAA